AUGGUCUGCAGUGUUAUUGAUAGCAUGCUGGUUUAUUUCAUUGUGAUGGAUAACUGGAUUGUUAAUGACCGUGUAAGGCCGUUGGUUGCCGCGUUUACUACCGUUGUUGUGGUUGUUGCCUGCAUAAUUGAGGAUAUGCAUGUCUCUAAGCCAGGGAGAAGUAAGGAACCGUCCAUGUUUCGAGACUUGACUAGGAAAAGACAUAUGGAACGUAUUUUAAGGAGUGGUCGUGAUUAUUGCGUGAGCUAUCUUAGGAUGGACGUAGGUCCUUUUAUGCAUCUAGCCUCGAUCAUGCGUGACAAGCAUCUCCUUCAGGACACACGGCACAUAUCUGUGGAGGAACAGUUAGCAAUUUUCUUACAUAUUGUUGGUCAUAACACAAAAAAUAGGACUAUGAGAAUUGAGUUUGUCCGAUCCGGGGAGACAAUUAGUAGAUAUUUUAAUUGCGUGCUCAGAGCUGUUUGUGCUGUUCGAGAUGAUUUUGUUCAUUCCCCUAGCUCCACUUCUCACCCAGAAAAAUGUAAUCCCAACUGGUAUCCAUUCUUCAAAGACUGUAUAGGGUUGUUAGAUGGGACGCACAUUGAUGCGUCCGUCCCACCUGAAGAAAUGCCUCGGUUUCGUGGUCGUAAAGGCCCAACCCAGAAUGUGUUGGCUGUUGUUAAUCCUGAUUUGCAUUUCACUUAUGUGUUGGCGGGUUGGGAGGGAUCAGCGAAUGACUUCACUGUUUUAAAAGAUGCACUAGCAAGACCACAACCUGAAGGAUUAAAAUUGAUAGAAGGUAGGAGACCGAGUACUAGUGAAUUAAUAUAUUACACGAAUGACCAAUUGACAGGUGUCAUUAUUGUAGGGAAGUAUUAUCUUGUAGACGCUGGUUAUACUACUAUGCAAGGGUUCAUAGCACCGUAUCGAGGUGUUAGGUAUCACCUGAAAGAACACAGUGGAAGGGCACCAACAAAUCCAAAGGAAUUGUUCAACCUUCGACACUCGAUGCUACGGUCUCGUGUAGAGCGUGCUUUCGCAAUCUUGAAAAAUCGUUUCAAGAUUCUUACAUCACACCCUUUCUUCCCUUUUAGGACACAAGUUAAAUUAGUUCUUGCAUGUUGCAUAUUGCAUAACUAUAUAGCAGGUGCUGACCCAAACGAUAUGUUGAUGCAUGAAGAAACCACACAAAAUGAUGAGCAAAUCAUGUCAACACAGCCCCGGUCACAGCGAGAACAACGGGAAGAGAAUCGGGCUUGGAUUGAACUUAGAGACAAGAUAGCAAACGACAUGUGGAUGACUUAUAGUGGUUUUCUUUGA